GGGUUGCUGGUUGGGUUCUCUCUCUGGGGGACCCUCUGGCGGCCAUUUUGCAGGAGAGAAAGGAGAAGGAGGCCAAGAAGAAGGCCUCGGAGGAGCAGGCGGCCAAACUAAAGAAAAUGGAAGAAGAGAUGGCCAGAGAGAAUGAGAGAAUCAUGAAGGAAGAGGAGGCGAAGUUGAAAGAGGUGGACGAGGAAGAGGAGGAAGGACCACCACUGCAAAGGAGGAGUGGGCAACAUAGUGGCAGCAGCGGUGAUGAGAUGGAGAAGAAGAUUUCGGAGUGGGUCGCCAAUUUAUCCCUGGGCGAGGAAGAAGAGGUGAUGAUGUACAUCCCAAAGGAUGACCAAGAGGCUGCCAUGAAGGCUUGGGAUGCAGAGAAAGACCCUCUUAGGCGACAGGCACUGGAGGAUCAACAGAGGAUGGAGUGGAAACUUGCCAUGAUGAGGGACAAGAAGAGAAGGGUGGAUGCGGCGAGUGAAGCGGUCAAGGAGUUGGAGGAGGUGCAAAAACUAACCCUGCGAUUGACCCCUCAGGAGACUCCCACACCACAUGUGCCUAUGGCAGAGGUUGCAGGCCGGUGUCUAGAUAGCUGCCCAAAGACUGCUUGUGUCAGAGUCUCUCUGGACACCUCCCUCAUAGGCGUGGCCGAAGAGUUGAAGGAGAGGAGGCCCGCCUGGGCCAAGAUGAAGAAGGAGAGUAAAGGGCAGCUGAUCUUAUUAGAUACAGAGAUUUUUAGAAGUAGAGUAGGGGCCCUAGUAGACUCAGGGGCCACCCGCAGCUAUAUUAGUAAGAAAGCGCUGCAAAAGUUGAGGCUGGGACUUAAAGUCCAGAAACUGACAGACCCCAUAGUUAGUAUCCUCACGAACAAUCGUACCAUGGUUGUAGAGGAUUUCGUAGAGGGAGUCGAGGCGUAUUUCCGCCUAGAGAAAGAUGGGAAAGUGGAGAAGGUUCUCCACUCCCUGACUCUCCUCGUAGAAGACAGUCUCCCAUUUGACAUUGUUCUGGGAAUGGAUUGGGGAGAAGCAGCCGGGGCCACGCUCCAUUUGAAGGAGCACGAGUGUAGGCUCCCUAGUUCUUCAGGCGAGGCCAAGAUUGCCCGCCUGUUCCAUGUGUCCGGAGUGGAGAAUCCCUUGGCACAUUGCUGCCUUAGUGCCCCUGCGUUCGCCAGGUUCGUAAAGAAGGAGAAAUUGGAGGAACAGGUUUUUGUUGCCUAUGUUAGGCCAGUGACUGAGCCUACGGAAGAAAAGCCGAUGGACCCUGCGAUUGCCAAGCUGCUGGAAGAGUUCAAGGAUCUAACUGAGCCGCCGAUAGGAGUAGUACUGCGGCCCAUCCAGCACCGCAUUGAGAUAGAGCCUGGCAGUAGAACUCCUAAGGGCGUUGUGUAUAGGAUGUCCCCACGGGAGUUAGAGGAGCUUCGCAAGCAAUUAGACGAGCUCCUCGAGAAGGGUUGGAUUAGGCCCAGUUCGUCUCCUUUCGGAGCGCCUGUUCUCUUUGUUCCUAAGAAAGAGGGAGAGCUGAGAAUGUGCAUAGACUAUAGGGGUCUGAAUGCUAUUACAGUGAAGAAUGCUAAGCCACUGCCUAGGAUAGACGAUCUCUUAGAUCGAGUCUUGGAGAAGCUGAGGGAAGCCAACUUCAAGAUCAAUGCAAAGAAGUGCGAUUGGGCGAAAACCCAAGUUUUGUACUUAGGCCACGGCUUAGACGGAGACGGCGUUAAGCCAGAGGAUAGCAAGAUCGCAGCGAUUAGAGAUUGGCCCACGCCACGUACGCUGACAGAGUUGCGCUCGUUCCUGGGCUUAGCUAAUUACUACCGGAAGUUCGUGAGGAACUUCUCCACCAUCGCUGCGCCCCUUUGCAGAUUGUUGAGGAAGGAGACCAUCUGGAAGUGGGAUAAGGACUGUACGUCUGCCAUGAAGAAGCUAAAGCAGGCAUUGAUAGAGUACCCAGUCCUUAAAGUCGCCGAUCCGUCCUUGCCCUUCGUCGUCACGACCGAUGCGAGUCAAUACGGCAUAGGCGCAGUGUUACAACAAGACGAUGGCAAUGGGCAUAGACCCGUAGAGUUCAUGUCCGCCAGAAUGCCUUCAGAGAAGGUCGCGACAUCUACCUAUGAGAGGGAACUCUACGCUCUCAGGCAAGCCUUAGAUCACUGGAAGCACUACUUGCUUGGGAGACACUUCAAAGUCUAUUCUGACCAUGAAACGUUACGAUGGUUAAAGACGCAGGCCAAGAUGACACCUAAGCUUACUAGGUGGGCCGCAGAGAUAGAUCAGUACGACUUCGAGCUCAAGCCUGUCAAAGGAAAGUACAACGUAGUCGCGGAUGCUCUGAGUAGAAGAGCUGAUUAUUUUGGGGCAAUAGUACAUUACCUCGAUAUAGGGAAGGAUCUGCAACAGAAGGGUGAUCCAGAGUGCGAACAGAAUAUGGAUGUCUCACCUACGACUGCUUCUGCUCCUGCUCCUGCUGCUGUUGCUGCUGCUGCUGAUGAUGAUGAUGAGGAAGGGGUAUCAGGGCACGACCAUGUCCUCCUCGCAGCAACAAAUGCCGACGACGAGAGAUCUGCACCGUCCGAUACCUUCGGUGUGCCGGCGUGUCUACCAGAUGUGUCACUUUGGGGGCUAGAUUCGAUGCUCUGGACGAACGUUCACAUGUUUGCUUCUCACGUCAAGUCGCUGCAUGAAAUUCCAAACUAUCCAGCAUCGAGAGAAGCAGCAAACCUUGCAGCUAGGGAACAGGCUGCAGCAGCAGCCAGGGCAGCAGCCAUGACUUCUUCAGCAGCAUCCUCCGCUGCAACUUCUGCUGCGUUCUCGUUUGGGCCCCAGUUGGGAAUGCCAACAGGGUCCACGGGCACUUCCAGUUCAACAGGUUCUAGACUAUCUACAAGUCAAAUGGCGGGCUCGCAGUACAACCCGUUGACUCCUCGCGAAAGGGAGAUGAGAGAGCUCCAACAGGUCGCAAGGAUCCGUGCACAGUUAGAGAAGGAUCUGAAAGAGGCUACAAAUAGAGAAAAAGAGAUAAAGAAUAGAACAGCCAGGCUUGAAACGUUAGAGUCUGACAAGGCUGAAUUGGAGGGCUUAGAUGACUCAGGAAUGAAUGAGCCCAUGAAAGUGUUGAGGAACAACAUGUUGUCGCUGCAUGCGCAUGUGGACAGCAGGUUGGACUUCAUGCAGAGCACUUUGGACCAGAUCCUGGACAUCCUAACAAGGCCAGGAUUUAGGCCACCAGCACAAUCGCCGUUGCCGUUAUCGGCGAUGUCAGGCCUUUUUCCAGUUCAAGCUGGUUCACAACCAAGUGGACAGAAAGUUGUAGCAGUAAAAACUAAAGUAGGGGGAAUUACAGUUAGGGAAACUGCUGUACUGAAAACUGGAGCAGUGGAAACCGCAACGGUAGAAACUGCAGCAGCGGAAACUGAAGCAGUGGAAACUGGAGCAAUGGAAACUGCAGCAGUGGAAACCGCAACAGUGGACACUGGAGCAGUGGAAAUUGGAGCAGUGGAAACUGCAGUAGUGGACGCUGCAGCAGUGGAAACCACAACAGUGGAUACUGUAGCAGUGAAAACUGCAGGAGUGGAGACUCCAACAUCGGAAACUGCAGGAGUGGAGACUGCAGCAGUGGAGACUGCGGUAGCAGCAGGUGAGUAAGUAGGGGCAGGACGAGAGCAUCGUCGGGGCGAAGAAGAAAUUGGAUGAUACAAGGACCAUCGCAACAUG